AUGUCUUCAUCUGUUAGCGAGACAGAGGAGGUGCGCGUCUCGGCGCUGACGCCUUUGAAGUUGGUGGGACUGGUGUGCGUGUUCCUGGCGCUGUGCUUGGACGUUGGAGCCGUGAUGAGCCCGGCAUGGGUGACCGCUGACGACCAGUACUGCUUCUCACUGUGGGAGGCGUGCUGGAAAGCAGCUUCGUCUGAGAUCUGGCAGUGUAACAGCACGCUGGAGUCAGACUGGCAGAUCGCCACCCUGUCCUUGUUGCUAGGCGGAGCUGCUCUGGUCCUGCUCUCCUUCCUGGUGGUCCUGGUGUCCGUGUGUAUCGGCUCUCGGAGACGCUUCAACAGACCGGUCGCUGUCAUGCUGUUCGCUGCAGUGGUGUUGCAGGGCUGCAGUCUGGUCCUCUACCCCAUCAAGUUCACUGAGACCAUCAGCAUGAGCAUAUACCACGAGUUCAACUGGGGUUACGGCCUGGCCUGGGGCGCUACCAUUUUCUCCUUCGGCGGGGGGAUCCUCUACUGCCUCAACCCUAAGAACUAUGAAGACUACUACUGA